CAUUUGUAUUAUGAUAAAGAAGUUAAAAGAACGAAUCUGUCGUACUUUCUAGUUUUGUAUUUUCCAGUCGGAAAUUGAGCCGAGCCACUUCACUUUGAUCCGAUGUGGGCAACCGCCGGAUUUCAUCAAUUGGCUCCUCCAGCGCCGGCGAUCUUCACAGCUCGAUCGAACCCUAAACUCCUCAUAUUUGCUACUAACAAAUGGACACCAAUUCGUUUCGGUCUUUAUUCUCUGCCAAAAAGGUUUCGAGUUUCUGCCAAGAAAGAGCAGCUUCCGGAAUUACAGACUCCCAAAUCAGAUAGCGAAGAUGCAUCACUACAAGAAACCGGAGGUGCUGGAAUUGAUUUGGGAUGGUUACCUGCAUUUCCUCAUGUUUUGGUAGCCUCCAUGGCCAAUUUCCUCUUUGGAUAUCACAUUGGAGUAAUGAAUGGUCCUAUUGUAUCUAUUGCUCGAGAGCUUGGUUUUGAAGGAAACUCGAUUCUUGAGGGGCUUGUUGUGAGCAUAUUUAUAGGUGGUGCAUUCAUUGGAAGCAUCAGCUCUGGUUCACUGGUUGAUAAACUUGGUUGUAGACGCACCCUUCAGGUCGACACGAUACCGCUUAUUCUUGGCGCAAUUUUAAGUGCACAAGCCCAUUCCUUGGAUGAAAUACUCUUGGGAAGGUUUUUUGUUGGCCUUGGUAUUGGUGUGAACACUGUUCUUGUUCCUAUUUACAUUUCAGAGGUUGCUCCAACAAAAUAUAGAGGUUCAAUGGGGACCUUAUGUCAAAUUGGCACAUGCAUUGGAAUUAUUUCAUCACUCUUCAUAGGAAUUCCCUCUGAAAAUGAUCCCCACUGGUGGAGGAUGAUGCUCUAUAUUGCAAGUGUCCCCGGUUUUCUUCUGAUAAUUGGUAUGCAGUUUGCUGUAGACAGCCCCCGCUGGCUAUGUAAGGUAGGGAGACUAAAUGAUGCUAAAGAAGUUAUUCAAAACCUUUGGGGACCAUCUGAAGUCAACAAAGCAAUUGAAGAAUUUCAGAUGGUCAGUAGGAAUGAUGGUGGUGAUUUGGACAGCAGAUGGUUGGAACUCUUAGAGGAGCCACACUCUAGAGGUUGUACAAAGGAGGAAGCUACACAUAAACAUGCAGUUGCAUUCAUUGGAGGUGCCCUUUUUGUACUUCAACAGUUUGCUGGGAUAAAUGGAGUUCUUUAUUUUUCAUCCUUGACAUUCCAAGAUGUUGGAAUCACAACAAGUGCUUUUGCAAGCCUAUAUGUUGGACUUACUAACUUUGCAGGCGCGCUUUGUGCUUUGUACUUAAUGGAUAAGCAAGGGAGGCAGAAGCUUCUAAUUGGAAGUUACGUAGGAAUGGCAGUAUCGAUGUUUUUAAUUGUUUAUGGUAUCAGCUCACCAAUAAAUGAAGAUUUCAGCCACAACUUAUCAGUACUGGGAACUCUCCUGUACAUAUUUUCCUUUGCUAUUGGAGCUGGUCCUGUAACUGGUCUUAUUAUACCAGAGCUUAGCAGCAGCAGGACACGCGGGAAGAUCAUGGGCUUCAGUUUCUCAGUUCAUUGGGUUUGCAAUUUUUUGGUGGGUCUAUUCUUCCUGGAACUGGUGCAGAAAUUUGGUGUUGCUCCAGUUUAUGCAAGCUUUGGCGCUGUAUCCUUGUUGGCGGCAACAUUUUCUUAUUACUUUAUAGUUGAAACCAAAGGGCGGUCUCUUGAAGAAAUUGAGAUGUCCUUGAAUCCCAAUUUACAACUUAAAGAUAAGUGAUCGCUUGAAAAGGUACUUGCACAAGAUGGCUCAAUGUGUUUUAAGGGUAGUGGUUUGUCUAAAGUUUUGACUCAUGAAUACCUUCAAGCAUAGUUAUGGAUUAAUUGUGUCCAUUUUGUUUCCUAUGGCUAUGCUAGAAGAACUUUAAUACUGUAAAUUAAGUUUUUUUUUUUUUUUUUGGUUCCUUAAUUUUCUUUUUCUUUGUUAGAAUACCAUCAAUUUUGUACUAUUAAACUUUUCUGUUUGUCCAUUUCCACUGC